AUGGUCGCCCUCCCAAAGCCAUCCACCCCGCUCGUGUCCGACGUGCGCGUUCAGCAGCCCGAAGGCUUGGACGCCAACACGCUCUUCGUGGCUACGCGCAUCGAGCCCGACGUGCUCGCCAAGGUCGUCAACGCCUUUAAGAAGAGCAGCGUCUGGGAUGCGAGAAGAUCGAAAUUCGCCAAUGUCCCAUCCACGCAGACGACGCUCGACAAAGCGGCGCAGCUGACGAGGGACUAUGUAACAUUCUUCAACGCCCUCGGCACCGCCGUCGUCGCGGCCGCCCGCAGGCGCUACAGUCUCUCAGACAAAGAAGUGCGGACGUGGCGCGCGCCGCACGGUGCCAACGGCUCGCUCGAGCUCUGUGUCGCGAACGGCACUGUGCUCGCCCAGAUGGUCAUCCUCCACCGCGCGAAGGACGAGAUCGACGAGGACUCGAUCAGGCGGUGUGCGAUCCUUGCCACCGAAGCCCUCUUCCACCACCCCGAGCGCUCGCGGUACCCAGUGCUGCUCAUCUGCAAGGGCAAAUGCGCCCUCGUCGUCGCAGAUCACGCCGGCGCCGUCGUCGCCACGGUUGGCGACUUCACUCGGUCGUACGUGAGCAAGGUCAGCGAGAGGAGCCUCUUUCGGCUCUUCUGCGUGCUUUUGCAUUUUCAUGGUUGCGCCCGGGCUGCCCUCGGCUUCGACCAGUCGAUCAGCAAGGACAAGAAUGACGACGAAUAUAUUGUCGCUGCCGGGCACAAACGUCGAGUGUUGGAACUCCUCGGUACGCCCGAGGAACGCGCUUGCUAUGGUAUCAUCGUGCGUCGCGUACAAGGGCUGAGAGAGGACGGCGCCAAGGUGCUCUAUAUUCGUGAUACGUGGGUCGCGAAGAAGGACAUCGAGGAUGCCGCGGCUGAGGAUGCGACGCCUUCGCGCGACAAGGAGUCCGAGACCGUGCAAGUGAACGACGGGGACGACAGUACAGACAUCAUACGCUCGGGCCAUAUCUCUGUAAGCCCGCCGACUCUGCUGCACAGGCGUCAGGUGCAGCACGCAAGACCCCUCGAUCACUUUCACUCGCUGCUCGAGCUGGUGUCGGCCAUGCUGGACAUUUUGCGCACUUUUCAUGCAAUGUACGAGGACGAGCAAGUCCAGCUCUUGAACAUCACGCCGUUGAUCUUCGGCCUUGAUGACGUGCACUUUAAGGAGGUCAAAGGCCGCACCGUCUCUUCGGGCGUCUGUGUGGACUUCGCCCAUGUAAGAGAACUCACCAGGCCUCCCGCGACGGACUUCAUUCCUCACCACGCCUGCGCGUCCAUCGAUGUGCUCAUCGCUUUGGUCCGCAAACAGCCGCGCUCGCAAACCUAUAGCGACACACUGGAAUCUCUCUUCUAUGUACUUUGCUCCGUCUGCCUCUCCGCCAGCGGUGCCGGACACCCCCAUCGCUACACUUGCAACGUCACCACCGACACCCCGCUAGGUGACUGGCGCAGGUCUCUGGACGCCGCUCUGAGCAGCCGCACCGAACUGGUCGACAUCGACGCCUUCCGUGCUCGGGUGCUAGGCGGGAUGUCGUCCUACUUCGGACCCUUGCACCCCUGUCUGGAGGCUUUGCAUGCCGCGCUAUGCCCUGUCCUCGAGGAACCUGAAGCUGAAGCCGACACUGGGAGCCUUUACCAGCCCGCUGAGCCGCAGGAGACCAGCGACGACCGCAAGAUGAUUUACGAGAAAUUCGAGGCAGCAUUGACGGCAGCUCUCAAUGAGCUCUCGCAGAUGGAGGAGAAAGCCUGGACUCCGGACAUGGUGAAAAGCAAGACGUCCGCCGUCGUGCGCAAGCCUCGAGCAACCCUUAGGGAUCUUCCCGUGACGAGCAACGCCGCCAAGGGCUCUAGGAAGAAGGGGAAGAACUCAGCGCAGCCCACUACCCCGAAGCUAUUCAAAACCUCAAAGAGGAAGCGCGAAGAUGUUGUCGCGGACACAGACGCAGACAAGGAAGACGUGCCGCCCGUGAAGAAGCGAAGGGCACCGGCGACCUCAGGCAGGGUUGACAAGGUCACGGAGCCCGCUGAAAAGCCCAGAGGAGAAACGACUCGGAAGAGCGCGCGUCUCCUGAAGCGAGUCGGCUGA